AAGGCACAAGCGUUUCCUGCAACAGCGCUCGCAGACGCCGGACUUCCUUCGGAUGAGCGGCGUGCUCAAGAGCUCGAUAAAUACUACACACCAACUAAUGUAUCGGUGCUACGCUUGACAGAAAGAGACUCUGCGCUGCCUGCCCAUAUGCAACUCUUGUGCUGGCGCCUAGGUAUGCGAAGAGCCUUGGUCAGCCUCAUUGAUCGAGACACCCAAUACUAUGUUGCUGAGUCGACAAAAACCAUGGAUCUUCACGAUUCGAACAGCUUUUUGAUGAGGACGACGGACCCUUGGCUCUCGUGCAACGCAGGUCAUCCCAAGACAGGCAUUCUGUGUGCUGAAACUAUUCGAGCUGUGGUUAGCUCUGACAAAGAACCUGCUUAUUUCGAAGUCUGCGAUCUGGCUGCCGAUCCCAGAUUUUCUCAGCUCAACAUUGUCGAAGAUCUGAAAGUUGCCUACUAUUGUGGAGUUCCUAUUCGCACGAACAACAGAAUCGUAAUUGGCACUGUCUUUGUUCUGGAUGACAAACCUCGAGAACCUCUUUCCUUACAGCAUAUACACUUCCUCACGUCAAUAAGCGACAACGUUAUGAUUUACCUUGAGAAUCGCAAACAACGAAUGGAUGUUGACAGAAUCAUGAAGAUGAACAAGUCUCUUGCAUCUUUCAUGGACUCACACCAAAACGAGAGAAUGCAAACUCCGCCGGAUCAAGACUCUUCAGCAGUCAACCAGCCAAAAACCCGAUGCAACAGCAUGGACAAUUCCUCAGAGGACGAGCUUCCUCAGGGCAAUAGAGGGAGAGAGCAUAGCGAAAUCUUCAACCGUGCUUCGACUUUAUUGAGCCAAUCUCUAGCUCUACAGGAAAAUGGUGGUGGCGUCAUUUUCCUUGAUACUGCACCCAAAUUCUCAGGAAGAAGCAGCUCAACUCAUCGUCUUCAGAGACGUGAGAGUGGUCCCAAACGAGAUCCUUCCAGACUCGUCGCUGACACUGCCCGACUGUCGCGCACUCCAUCGGACGAGGAGAGGAACAAAGACGAUGGCCAUAGGACCUUUGCAGCUAUACUCGCUCAUAACGUCUGUGUUGCAUCUUUUGACCAACCUGAUCAGUCAUGUCAGUUGAAUGGGAACACGCCUGAUAACAUACCUGUCAAAAGUCUUCUAAAGUUCAUCAAGAAGGUUCCGGCAGGACAAGUCUAUCACUUCCCAGAACUGCGCGAUCCACGAACUGGGGAGAUGUUAAGGAUAAAGUGUCGAAAUCCACAGCAUCAAAGCAAUGUAGAGGAGGCCGACGUGAGGUCCCUUUUCUCACACUUUCGUGGAGCCGUUGAGAUCAUCCUAGUACCACUGUGGAACACCCACCUUGGUCGGUGGUAUAUCUGCCUCGUCUACACGCUCUCGAGCGAGCGGAACUUCACCUUUGAAAUUGACUACUUCUUCUGUCGAGCAUUCUGUAACUGUGUGAAAGCCGAAAUAGACCGGUGUGCUGUCGAACUUUCAAACCAACAGAAAGGUGUUUUCAUUGGAUCAGUCAGUCAUGAAUUGCGAUCUCCUCUGCACGGUAUCUUAGCCUCCUGCGAGCUCAUUCAGGAGACUGAGAUGUCACCUUUCCAGGCAUCUCUCGUUGAUACUACAGAAAGUUGCGCACAUACACUUCUCGACACCAUCCAAAUGGUUCUCGAUUUCAGCAAGGUGAACGCCUUCACAAAGGACCAGCCUAGGGAGAAGUUGAACGUAAGGCCACAUGUUGUCAAAGGAGGAGUCGAACCACUCCUCAGCACCUACUCCCAUGUCAAUAUAGCUGCUAUCGCAGAAGAAGUCAUCGAAGGCGUAACAACAGGUUUCCUUGCAAAAAGUGAUCCGAGUAUGGAAUUGGGAUUCGCUGGAGAAAGAUCAAAGUGCAAUGCCAGAACAUUUGAGGACCUGCUGGCCAUGCCACAAGCACCUGUGGAAGUAAUCCUUGACGUCAGUCCGCCGCAAGAUUGGACAUUCAUUACACAACCUGGAUCUUAUCGGCGCAUUAUCAUGAACAUUUUUGGCAACAGCUUGAAGUAUACUGAACACGGAUACAUCAAAAUUGCGCUUAAAUGCGAGGAAAUUGACACGAAAGAACCGGAUUCAUUCAUGGCUACGGUCGAGCUGAAAGUCACAGAUACUGGUAAAGGAAUCUCUCAGGCUUACAUGGACACCAAGAUGUUUACGUCUUUUGCUCAAGAGAAUCCGUUGGCUCCUGGGACAGGCCUUGGACUCUCUCUAGUCAGGUCUCUCGUGCAGAUGAUGAACGGAGAGAUAGAGGUUCGGUCUGAAGUCAACCACGGUACAGAAGUCACGGUGAGGAUUCCGAUGAAACGUGCAAGCUCACAUAUUCCACGUGAUGGAUUCCACAGACCCAACGAAGACGACAUUCAGACUCUACGCACAAUUUCACCACGACCUCAGAUUGUAAACUUCCCACAGGACAUUCUGCCUAACGAUACCCCUCAGAAGCAGAAAGGUUAUGAGAUGCAAAAGCAUGCAUUGGCUGCUUGCAUCAAUGGUUGGUACAAGAUUGACGCCCUUGAUGAUUGGGAUUUGCAAAUCAAGCCUGAUAUCAUUCUUGUGGAUGAUAUUCACCUUUUGGCAAUCACAAAACAUCUGAAACUUCUGGAAGAGUUUAAUGCCGUUGUUGUGAUCCUCUGUUCGGAUCGAUCCAGGACAACAGCAAUCUCGAAAAAUGUCAGUUAUCCCAAACUGCACAUAAUGCCAAAACCAUUCGGACCUUUCAAGCUUGCAAAGGCACUCAAGCACGCUCUGGACAAGCGAGGUUCUAUAUCUAGAUCCAGCUCCGAUCCUCCUAUCUUGGAAGAGUUUGGACCCAUUCCUGAGCUCAAGCAACUAAGCCCAACUCUGAGACGGGUCCCUUCAUACUCACAGAAUCUGUCCAAGAGAAGGAGGAAACCAUCAUUCGACAAGAGCUUCCCUUUUCCCUCGAUGCUUGUCACACCAACACCUCAAUCACCUACACCAUCUAUACCAGGAAUUACACCUCAGAUCGAAGUGACUGGCACAUACCAUAGACGGCUGAAAACACUCGAUGUGCCUCUGUCAGACCAAGUACCGCUUGAGAAACACAAUGACCUUGUCCGCAGCCACAGCGAAGGCCACAUAGAGCGUGUUCACCACAAGCCUAUCAAGCCGAGAAUAUUGCUUGUCGAUGACAACGAAGUCAACCUCAAGCUCUUGCAGACUUUCUUCGUCCGCCGCGGCUUUACGGAUAUGAGGUUGGCUCGAGACGGCGUUGAAGCGGUCAAAGUGUACGAAGACGCACUGCACCAGCACGACCCUUUCCAUUUGGUGUUCAUGGACAUCAGCAUGCCAGUCAUGGACGGUUUCGAGGCGACGAAACUCAUACGGCAGAAGGAAAUCUCGGCGGCACCACACUCUGUCGAACCAUAUCACAGCUUGGUCAUUGCUUUGACAGGCAACGCCAGUGCUGAAGAUCAGACUGAUGCUUUCACAAAUGGUAUGGACAUGUACAUGACGAAGCCUGUCUCACUGAAAGACGUUGGGGAGCUCUUGAAGGCGUGGGAAGAGAAGACGGCAGUGUAUGGAGCGGGAGGUGCAAGAUCUGCACUCCUUGAAGACAACGCAACUUCUGACGAAGCCUGUUGA